AUGUUCUCAGUUUCAGAAGUGACUUCUUCUUUGGCAAAACUUGCAGCGGCGAUUGAAAUCGCCAGCGCCCUUCCUUUAACAAUGGCUUCAACUAACCCAGCUAACCCUAUGGUAUUUAACAAAAUAUUUUUUAAUUCAAAAGAGGAGCAUUAAUUUUUCAGCAAGAAUCCAAGCCUAAAAACCCGCGGCGUUACAGUUUGGUGCAUCAAGCGAGUUGUGAAACACAACAUAGAAUUGGUGUAAAGCGGCAAAACACAAUUCAGCAAAGAAAAGCUCUAAACGACGAGAUGCGUGGCCAAAAGGUUUAUCUGAAAUUUACAACAUGAUUCUGAAUUAAAGUAUUUUUUAGAUCUUACAACAAUUGAAUGAUGAAGGGGUCGAGAUUAUUUGGUCUGCAAAUGAAGGAGCGAUUACAUUCUCAGCAAUUAUGUCAUCGACUUCACCUCUUCCAGUUUUCACAGCGGAUAUUGUUAACUCUUUCCAAUCUUCGAAUGUUGAAAUAAUUCAUCUUGAAUCAAGAACUGGAAGAAAGAAAAUAGGAUUUGAUGUGCUGGCGGAUUGUGUUGCUACCAAACAACAAUUGAUUGAAGCUGCUAAUAGUUUGACUAAACGACACUCCGCUUUGACAAAAAUCUCGAUUUAUAAAAAGAAAGCUGAAGAGGAAGAAGAGGAAUUAUGGUUUCCGCGACAUAUCAGUGAUUUGGAUAAAUGUUCAUUGUGUAUCACAAAAUAUGAACCAACAACUGAUCCAAGACAUCCUGGAUUUGGAGAUCAGGAAUAUAUUGCAAGACGGAAAUUUUUGAAUGAUCAGGCACUUGAGUACAAACAGUAAGUCCACGAUUUUUAUAAUAACCGAAUUGAGCCUUUCUCUUUGGGGUCAGAGAAAAAUUGUCUUGGUCGGAGACAAAACUAACCAGAAAAGGAAUCCUGAAAACAAUUUUUCCAGUGGCGAUGAGAUUGGCUAUGUCAAAUAUACCCAAGAAGAACAUGACACGUGGAAAGCUGUUUAUGAAAAACUUGGAGAUUUACACGAGUCACACACAUGCGCAGUUUAUCGACAAAAUCUGAAGAUUCUACAACAGGAGAAUGUUUUAGGGCCAGACGAAAUUCCACAAAUUCGAGAUGUCAACAAGUUUUUGCAAAGUGAGCUUUAAAGCCAAUUUUGUUGUGUCUUCUUGUAAUUCUAAAAAAAAUCAGUAUUAUUUUUAGAGAAAACUGGUUUCGAACUUCGGCCUUGUAGUGGUUUACUUUCUGCGCGAGAUUUCCUGGCCUCAUUGGCUUUCCGAGUUUUUCAAACAACAACUUAUCUCCGACAUCAUAAAAGUCCACAUCAUUCUCCUGAACCUGAUCUAAUCCAUGAAUUAUUGGGACACGUUCCAAUGUUUUCUGAUCCUUUGUUAGCUCAAAUGAGUCAAGAUAUUGGAUUAAUGAGUUUAGGAGCAAGUGAUGAAAAUAUCGAAAAAUUAGCUACAGUUUAUUGGUUUAUUGUAGAAUUUGGACUUUGUAAAGAAGAUGGAAAAUUGAAAGCAAUUGGAGCUGGCCUUCUCUCAGCUUAUGGUGAAUUAAUUCAUGCAUGCUCCGAUGCUCCACAACAUAAGGAUUUUGAUCCGAUGGUUACGGCGGUUCAGAAAUAUGAAGAUUCGGAUUAUCAACCUCUUUAUUUUGUAGCUGAUAGUAUACACGAUGCUCUUUCAAAACUUCGGAAAUUUGCAAGUUCAAUGGCAAGACCAUUUUCUGUUAUUUAUGAUCCGUUCACAAAAUCGAUUGAAACAAUAAAAUCAAGUGAAGAUCUUGAAAAAGCCUUCAGUCGUUUGAGCAAUGAUUUGAGUGCGAUAAAUCAUGCAGCAGAACGUAUGAAAAUUUCGAAAAUUUAAAUGCAACUAACUUGUUUUAAUUUUUUUGACAAUUUCGUAAUAAAGUAAUUUUGCCGAUUGUUGUUGUUUUUCCAAAUUUGAUAAGAAAAGUGCAAAAAUCGCUGAGGGAAAUUACUCAAAUUGGUUUUUAUAAACAACUUCUUUUUCAAAUCGAUUUAUAGAGAAAAAUUAAUUUUUUUGUACUUUCAUCAUGUUUCGAUAAUCUUUUUCAAAUUUAAAAAUUUUAACACCAAAAAAUGAAAAAGUAAAAGUGAUCAAUUUUGUGCCAAAAACGAUAUGUUUUUUUUCCAAAUGAACAAUGUAGAUCAGAAUUUUGUAUCAAAGUACAGUAGUCUUCAACUCUUCGAAAUUAUUAUUUUGCUCAAAGUGCAAUGAUGUUUUUGAUAUUUCAAAGUACAUACACCAAAACAACUAACCAUCAAAAAAUGUUUCUAAUCGCGAAAUAACAAGCAAAAUUAUGUAGUCUAUGAUAACGGCAAUAUUUGAACCACGUGCUACUAAAGAUUAUAUAUAGUUUUGAGUUUCUUGUUUUUUGUUUUGUUUUUCAGUUUACCGAAAAAUGCAAUGGACUACUCUAAUUUUGGGAUUUCUAACACUGUUCGUUGUUUACUAUUAUAAACAAUUAUAUGAAAUGGCUCGAGAUCGAAUAAGACUUUACAGGUUAGCAUAACUUAUGAAAUAUUGAAUAAUUUUAUGUCAAAAUUUUUAGAGCAAUGCGUAAGUUCCCGGGUCCAGUUGCAUUGCCAAUAAUUGGCACGGCAUUUCAAUUCAAAACAAAUAUCGUUGCAUUAACACAACAAUUAUUUGAUUGGGGAAAUUAUUAUUCAAAAGAUGGAAGUGGUGUUAUUCAAUUAUGGGUUGGUCCAGUUGCAAUGUUAGGUGUUAUUCAUCCGGUUUAUGCAAAAGAGAUUCUAGAAUCAAAUGAAGUUAUUACAAAAGCAACUGAAUAUGAUAUUUUGUUUCCGUGGCUUGGAACUGGAUUAUUGACAUCAACUGGUGAUAAAUGGAGAGCGAGACGGAAGAUGUUGACACCCGCAUUUCAUUUUAAAGUUCUCAAGGAUUUUUUGAUUGUUCAUGAUUAUCAAGCAAAAGUGAGUUUGAGUGACAGAAGUACGUAUAUAUUCCAACUUUCUAAAAAUAGUAUUGUUACCACUUUUUUUACAGAAAUGUGUUAUGUUAAAUUCUAA